UAUCCGGGCUGCUCCUGACAUCUGCCCAUCUUCCAGGGCCUCUUUGGAGCAGCCAUGAAGUCCCUGGUCCUACUCCUUUGUUUUGCUCAGCUCUGGGGCUGCCAAUCAGCUCCACACCAUACAGGACUGGGUUUUAGAGAAUUGGCUUGUGAUGACCCAGAAAUAGAGCAAGUAGCUCUUAUGGCUGUGGACUACCUCAAUAAACAUCUUCUCCAGGGAUACAAGCAGACCUUGAAUCAGGUUGACAAAGUCAAGGUGUGGUCUCGGCGGCCCUUCGGAGAGGUGUAUGAGUUGGAAAUUGACACCCUGGAAACCACCUGCCACGCUCUGGACCCCACCCCCCUAGCAAACUGUUCUGUGAGGCAGCAGGCUGAGCAUGCGGUGGAGGGAGACUGUGACUUCCACAUCCUGAAACAAGACGGCCAGUUCACGGUGAUGCACGCCCAGUGUCAUUCUACGCCAGACUCUGCAGAGGACGUGCGUAAGUUUUGCCCACACUGCCCACUUCUGGUCCCGUUCAAUGACACCAACGUAGACCAUGCCGUCAAGGCCGCCCUGGCUGCCUUCCAUGCAAAGAAAAAUGGAACCUAUUUCAAACUGGUGGAGAUUUCCCGUGCUCAGAAUGUGCCUAUGCCAGUGUCUACUCUUGUGGAGUUCGUAGUAGCUGCCACUGACUGUACUGUUCAAGAGGCGGCGACAGAUCCAGACAAAUGCAACCUGCUGGCAGAAAAGCAAUAUGGCUUCUGCAAGGCGAAUUUCAGGCAUCAUCUUAGUGGGGAAGCAGUUUCCGUGGCCUGCAAAGUAUUCCGAAGACAGCCCCAGCCAGCCAAUGCCAACACAGCAGGUCCCAUUCCCACCGUGGACCAAGCUGUGUCUGCUGCCCCACCAGCUGCCCCACCUGCAUCUGUGGUGGUAGGACCCGUGGCAGUUCCUCUAGGACUUCCAGACCACCGAACUCACCAUGACCUACGCCACGCCUUCUCUCCUGUGGUCUCUGUGGAGUCCGCCUCAGGAGAAGCUUUUCACUCACCUAAGGCGGGCCAGCCUAGCAUUGCUGGCGCUGCUGGUCCAGUGCCCCCCUUGUGCCCGGGGAGGGUCAGACACUUCAAUAUCUAGGCUUGACACAAUGAAGUAAUGUUUUGGCAGACAGGACAUAGCCACCACUGAAGCUUGUCCACUGACAAAGCAGGUACCACAUCACAGCUUGAAUUCCAGGUCUCUUCAUUCCUCAGAGAACAGGGGCAGAGAGGUAAUAGUCAAAGUUGUUGAAAGGCAUAAAGCCAGCAGCAACACUGGCACUGGUGGGGUGACAAGUGACUGCCAACGUCUCUCUGUCUUCUUGCUGACCUCAUACAAAACAGUUGCAACCGCGACUCUGAAAGGUGCUCUUGCCAAUUUUGGCUCUAACCAUAAAUAAAA